GCGCAUGCGCAGAAGACGUUGUUACCUGCUGAUGCGAACAGGGAAGUCGAGGCCCCGAAGACUGGAUAACGGGCUGAAAAUAAAACCAAUUUACUGACGUAUAGUUAAAGUGUCCCAUCCACUUGCCGGUUGCGUGAUAAAAUGUUUAAGAAACUUAAGCAGAAGAUAAACGAGGAGCAGUCUCCGCAGAGGAAUUUGCAGACAGGACAGCAGCAGGCCCAGCAGACAGGCAGUGGAGACCGACGCGGCAGUCAGACCCUCCCUCUCCAUCAUGACGGCUCACCCUUCCCCAGUGACAGACAGAUGCUGGCCGGGAUGAUAGCAGAGCCCGCUUUUCUCUCUGAGUAUACUAUCUUUGCUCUGGACCAUUCAAAUCGACCCAAAACGGCCCAGGUAGCCAGUGUGACUGCCUCCAAAGGACUUGGACGAUCUCCCAGAGGUAGCAUCAAUGGAGAUGACAGUGCUUCUCCUCAUCAGAGAGAGGAGUCGCAGGCACAAUCGUUUGCGCAGAAACUGCAGCUGAAAGUUCCUUCAAUGGAGUCACUGAUUCGUAGCGGUGCCAGUCGGGCUGAAAAUCUGUUUCGCUCCUCAUCUAAAGAAAACCUGGUUCGGAGCCCCUCACAUGACUCCCUGACACCUUUGGGAGAACAUGAGCCCUCGGGGGCCCCAGCGUAUGACCCUCCCUCAGAUAUCGAAAGCGAAGCUGAGGAGCCACCAGGGAGCGCAGAGGCUCUUUCUAAAGAGCAGUUGGUGCACCGGCUGCUUCAGGUGGAGAGGAGUUUAGGGAAGUACAGAGGAAAGUACUCUGAGCUGGUGACUGCAUACCGCACAGUGCAUCGAGAAAAAGAGAAAACACAGGCCAUCCUCAGUCAGAGUCAAGAUAAAGCACUACGCAGGAUAGGGGAGCUACGUGAGGAGCUACAAAUGGACCAGCAGGCCAAGAAACACCUGCAGGAUGAGUUUGAUGCUGCACUGGAGGAGAAGGACCAGAUGAUCAGUGUCCUUCAAACACAGGUGGCCUUAUUGAAAAAACGAGUUAAAGGAGUUUCUGACGAGCCUCUUCCUUCUGAGGCUGAAGCGGCUUCAGAUUCUACCUCUGCUGCUGAAAGCCCAUCAAAAGAACAAGGAGUGGAAUCAGAGACACAUGAGGUAGAGGGCAACAGUGAUCCAGCCAAACUCAUGGAGGAUCUUCAGAAAAGGGUUAAGAGGCAAGAAAACCUGCUACACAAGUGCAAGGAAGUGAUGCGGACACACAAGGAGCGGAGCAUACAGCUGAGCAGUGAGAACGAGGCUCUGCAGCUGCAGCUGCAGGAGAGACUUCAGGAGUUGGAGAAAAUAAAGGAUGUGCAUACUACAGAAAAGACUAAGUUGAUCACUCAGCUACGGGAUGCCAAAAAUCUUAUUGAGCAACUGGAGCAGGACAAGGGAAUGGUUAUCGCUGAAACCAAGCGGCAGAUGCACGAGACUCUGGAAAUGAAAGAAGAGGAGGUUGCACAGUUACGCUCCAGACUCCAGCAGGCUGUAACCCAGAAGGAGGAAUUACAAGAGCAGAAGGAAAAGGCUGAGAAAUCAGCUUUUGAAGAGCUAGAACGGGCUCUGGGUGAGGCUCAGAGGGCAGAGGAGGCCAGAAAACAGCUGCAAGUCCAGCUUGAGGAGAGAGUAAAAGAAGUAGAAAGGACAAGUGAGGAGGAAAGGAAGAAUCUUCAGCAGGAGCUCACAAGAGUUAAACAGGAAGUUGUUGCAAUAAUGAAGAAAUCUUCAGAGGAAACUGUAGCUAAUUUGGAAAAAGCCCACAGCGAAGCUUUAGCUGCUAAAGAAGAGGAAAUAAAGGAAAGAAUCAGCAAAGCAGUGGAGCAAUGUAAAGUGGAGUUUGAGCAGUUAUCUAAGGAACAAGAACAGCAGGCCUCUCUGGCAAUGGAGGAUGCAGAGUUACAGAAGACCGCUAUUAGAAUGGAAGCUGAUAAUAAAGUGAAGGAGAUACAGCUGGAGCUGGAGGCUGCCAGAACAAGGAUUUUGGAGAUGGAAAGCUCUGUUAGCAAUAUCUCCCAAGAUGAAUCCAGUUUGUCUCAACAACUUUCCAUUCAGUUGGAAGAGCUGAAGAAUAACCAUGAAGAGCAAAUCGCCGGAUUAAAAGCAAAACAACAGGAUUUGCUAGAAAAUGAGAAGGAUGCUCUAAUCCAGCAGCAUAAUGCUGCUUUAGAGGAUAUCAAGGAGAAACACAGAGCGGAAAUGGAGACCCUCCUAAAAGAUAAGGAGCUACAGUUCCAGGCUCAUGUUGAAGACAUUAACCUGAAGACUUUGGAGAAACUGGAUGGGAAGCAGUCAGAGUUGGAGGCCCUUUCUGCUGAGCUUUCAGAGGUUUUAAACAGUAAACAAAGUUUGGAAGAGAGGCUGGUGGCAGCUCAAGAGAGCGCUAAGGUAGCUCUACAGGAAUAUGAGCAAAAGCUUCAAGAGCAGGUGUCAAAACACAGUGCUGAGGUUGAAAGUAUCAAACAUGAGCAUGAGCAAUCUAUUGGAGGGGUAGAGAAAACUUUGAAACAGGAGCUUAAUGCAUUGAAGAUUGUUCUGAGGGAAAAGGAUAAAGAGGUUGAAGAACUUCUUCUUAGAGAGAAAACAGUACAGGAGAAAGAACAUUCCACUGCAAAAAAUCUAGAAAUAAAGAUUAGGGAGAUUGAAGAGCUGCAACAGAGUUUAUUGCAAACUCAGCAAGAAAACACAAGCUUGAAGGAAUCAAAUGCUCAGUUAAAUAAGGCCUCAGAGGAUCUGGAUCAGUGUCAGAAGAGUUUGGCAGAGCUGAAGGAUCAGUUGGAAAUUGCCAACAACAAAUGUCAGGAAAAAGAGAAGAUGCUCCUAGAAAUGCAGAAUCAGUUAGAAGAAAUCAAAGAGAAGCUCUUAGAGAAGGAGAGAAUAUAUGCAGCAGAGCAACAAAAACACCUAGAAGAGCAAAGAUGCCUUAAGAAACAACUGGAUGAUGAAAAAGCUGCUCAUGAACUCCAGCUAAAAAGCACUAUAUCUGAGAUGGAAUCAAAGAUGAAAAAACAGGAAACAAAGAUGGAAAAGGUAAAGCAAAAGGCCAAAGAAAUGCAGGAGAGCUUCAAGAAAAAGCUACAACAAAACGAAGAAAAUAUGAAGCAGGAACUCGCAAAAAAGGAGGUGGAACUUCAGCAGAAAGAGCAGCAAAUCCAAGAAAAAAUUGUGGAGAUGGCUCAGAAGAGCUCACAAGGCCUCAGCAGUGCUGUAUCAGAUCUGCAGGCAAACCAUAAAGAAGAGCUAGAGAAACUGCACACAACCCAUAAGCAAGAGAUGGAAGCACUGGGGCAUCGUUGGCAAGAGAAACUUGCCCUGCAGGAGGAAGAGCUAACAGAGAAACAUUCACUCAGCCUUCAAGAGAAAGCUCAGGAACUGGAGGAAACAUCUCAGCAACUCAGCAGAAACCAGACGGACUACCAACAAGUGCUGCAAGAACUGAGAGAUCUAAAGGAGGACCUGGCAAUCCGUGAAACUACUGUGCAGAAGCUGCAGGAAGAACUUAAUGAAGCAGCAGUUAAACUGGAAAGUUUGACUCAGGGAGAAGCACUGCUAAAGGAGCAAAUCGAGACGACGGAGAGGAACCUGAACCAGGCUCUGAAUGAGAGAAACGCCCUUCAAGAUAAGCUGAAGACUGCAGAAGAAGAAAGUAAAGCAAGUUUAAAGACUCUGUCUGAUAAGUUGAAUGAAACGGAGGAACAGCUUCAAGCACUGAAAACUUCCAGAGCAACAGACACUAAAGAUAUGGAGAGUAAAAUGGAGCAAACUUCUGCACAGCUGCAAGCGAAGGAAGCUGAAUUCCAGCAGCAGUUAGAUAUGAUCAUCGACAAAAUGGACCAUUAUUGUAAGGAGGUUCAGUCUAAAGUAGAGUAUUCCUCUGAUGAACUCAAACAGCGAGUAGAAUGUCGCGUUAAAGAGCUGAAUGAUAGACUGCUGUGCAGUCAGGGGAGCCUGGGGCGCUUACAAAGCAUUUUCCGUUCCAAGUUGGAUAGAAUAUGCACUUUAGAGGAAAAUCUCCUCCAGCACACAGAGGAGAACAAGAAUCUAUGCAUUUCAUUAGAACACAUGACUGCUCAGGUAGAUGUUCACAAAGAGCAUAUCAAAGCCUUAACUCAAGAGAAGGAGAGCAGCUCUCUUUCAGUCAGCCAGCAGCUUCAGGAAAUGGAGGAACUGAGCGAAGCAAACAGAACCAUGUUAGAAAACAUGAAAACAAAUGAGUUGCUUAUCACCGACUUGAAAAAUCAGCUUGCAAGUAGCAUGCAGGACAAGGAGGAAGCCAUAAACAAGCUGAAGGAGCAGUACGAGAAGGAGAGACAAGAGAGCAUGGACAGAUUAGAGCAGGAGAGAACGGCUGCAUUGGAGCAGGCGGAGGUGCUGAGGAUAAGCCUGAUGGAGCAGGAGAAGAAGGCCGAGGCAAAGUGCAACCAGAAUGAAGACACUGUUAAAGCUCUGCAGAACAGGCUCGAAGUGCUGGAGAAAGAAAUCUCAGAAAAGAAUGAAGCUCUGCAAAGGUUGUCGGCAAGUAUUGACAAUCAGUCCAUCAGCAAGUCUGAGAUGGACCAAGUGUUGAGUGAAAAAGAGCAGAAAGUCAGUGACCUCACAUCAGAACUUAAAAGCUGCAUCAGCCGACUUUCUGAGCUUCAGGAGACGCUCGACCUAAAGAAGACAGAAUGCGAGCAGCUCACAUCAGAGCUCAAACAGCAGCAUAUCAGCAGGGAGAACGAGAAGAAGGAGUUGGUGGAGCAGCUGCAUCAUGUCCAAAUGCAGUGUGCUCAAAACGGUAAUUUAGAACAAGAGAUGGUAGAAAAAUUGAGCUCCCUUGAGGAGGAGAACAAAAAGUGUAAACUUGCACUGGAGAAUCAAAGAGAGGAAUUUGAAAGGAUGAAAGAUGAGAUUAACAAGAGCAAGGAGGAGAGUCUCAAAGGAACUGAGGAGAGGUUAUCUGCAGAGAGCGCUCGGAAGAUAUCAGAGUUGAAAAAGAAAGCGGAGCAGAAAAUUAGUCAGAUCAGAAAACAGUUAACAGCACAGCUUGAGGAGAAGGAGCAGACAAUUAGGUCUCUCCAGAGUAGCCUGGAGGAAAACAAGAGCAAUGAGACCUUGAACAAAAAACAAGUGCAGACCUUAGAGGAAAAAAACAGAUUGCUUGAAGAAGAUCUUGUCAGGGUUAGAGAAGAGCAGGAGAAAAUUCUGAGUAACGAGAGGCUUGAGAAAGAGAGAUCUUUAGAAGAGCUGAGAGUCGAAUAUGAAGACAGGCUAAUGUCUCUUCAGAAGGAGGCCGCGCAGCAAGUGGAGCUCAGAAAAACUGAAACGACUCUGCAUGAACUCCAGGCAAAGCUAAAAGAAGCAGAAGAGCAAAAUGAAACCCUCCUCACAGAAAUAAAUCGUCUGAAAGAUGAAAUGAGUGAAAGAGAUGCUCAGCUCAGCCAGCUUUCUAGUAAGGUCCAGAACUCUUCAGAGCCUGAAGUCCAGGUGGAGAGUAGCAGCUUGAAUCAAACAAUGAGCGCCAUUGAACAUGAAGUAGCUAACCACUCUCCUAUGCCAGAAGUGGAGGAUGUUGAUGAUCAGACUUUGCAAACUCUUAAAAGCAAACUAAGCCAUAUGAAGAACGAGAAAGAGAGGAUCCAGAAGGACUUUACCAGGUUACAGAAGGACAUGAGACAGCUGAGGAAGGAGCAUGAACACGAUCUGGAGUAUCUGAAGAAAGAGCUGCAGGAAGAGAAUGAGAAAAGGCUAAAGGUGGAGCUGGAAGAUGUGGAAAUGAAGCACAACUCUGCUAUAAAGCAGCUUAUGAGGGAGUUCAACUCACAGAUGGCUUUGAAGGAGAAGGAGCUCGACUCUGCUGUGAAGGAGACCAUAGCCAAGGCCCAGGCAGUGGAAGCUGAGCUCAUCAGUGGUCAUAGAGACGAGGCCAGCCAGCUGAGGAAGGUGAUUUCCCAGAAGGACGACGAUCUGCAAAGAACUGUGCAAAAAUAUGAGCAGGUUAUACAGGAUCGAGAGGAGGAGAUGGGAGACAGAGUUUGGCAGGUUCAGAAACAGCUAGAAGAGCUUCAGUCACGCUGCCAGAGCACUUCAGAGGUUACCCCUGAGGACCUAAAGGCUCAGCUCGCUGAGAAGACGACCCUCCUGAGCGAGGCUCGGCUGAAAGAGCAGGAGUUUGUUGAGAGGAUUAACUCUCUUGAAGAUAAGAUCAAAUUUCUCCACCGCAGUCCUGUUGUAACUCAUCUUGGGGGGACAUACAAAGAUCCUGGAAUUAAAACCCCAGAUUCUCUGUCAGAGUCUACAGAGAUUGAGUACUUGAGGAAGGUGUUGUUUGAAUACAUGAUGGGACGGGAAACAAAAACGAUGGCUAAGGUGAUUACUUCUAUGCUCAAGUUUUCUCCAGAUCAAGCACAAAAGGUUUUGGAGAAAGAAGACUCCAAACCAAUACCUUGGUUACGAUGAUUUUGUUUGCUUUGAGAACUUCAUGAUGAAGAUAUGCUGCUGAUGGGGAAAGCUGCCAUGGAUUAUUUGGAGUCCUUCCCUCUGAAUCAAGUCUUUUUAUGUUUGUGUGUAAAGUUGUGUGUUUGUGAGCACAUUCUGGGGUAUAUGUGUGUUUGUGUGUGUGAGAGAAGUUUGUGAAAAUUCAUUCAAAUGUACGAGGGAAUAGUUUUGUUUUUUUUUUGACGGAUACACAAAUCCUCUAUAAUCCAUCUCUACUUAAACUAUAAUUUAUGUUUUUAAUAAUAUUAUGGGUUAUUUUAGGAUGUUUAUAUUAAAAAAAAAGGCUUGUGCAAUAAAUGAUAUCACACACUAA